GGUGACGCUGGACGGCUGGAGACUGUCGACGAUUAAAAACUGAGGAAGCACUGAACGCACGCGCACAGGGACACGACGCACACUGCAGUUUUAGCCAGUUCGGCCCUCGCAUCGCCAAUCGCCAUGCUCGCCUACCUCCUCCACGCCCCAGCCGCCGCCGCCGCCGUCGUCGCCGCGGCGCCCAGCGCCUUCGCCCUCCGCUCGCUCCCGCCGGCGAGGACCCCGUUCCUCCCAUCCCUCCCGCGCCCAGCCUCGCCGAGGCGCGCCGCCGCGUUCGCCUUCUCCCCGGCCGCCGCGGCCGCCCCCAUCGCGGCGUCGCUGCUCGAGGGCCCCGUGCUGGUCUGGGCCGGCCGGCUCUGCCUCUACUACGCGCUCCUCCACGCGGGGCUCGCCGGCUCACCGCGCAAUCCCUUCCUCUCUCACGAGAUCGGCGAGGACGGCGCCGGCGACAGCGACCUAGGGUUCUCCAAGUGGGCCGAGAAGCUCCGUGGCGGCGCCUCAGGUGAGAAAGAUGCUCAGGAUAAGAGGAAGCUAACUAGCAAAUGGAGGCCAACGACUAAAGGCACGCUGAAGAGAACCUACCGAGUUCGAUCAACUGAAGAAGGAAGGCGGAUCCUGAAAGAGAUAGCUUCAGUUCUGUCCGAAGAUGACCAUUUUGUGGAUGCUUCAACUCACAAGGGUUGCCAAAUAAGGAGGGAAAGUGCUCAUGGUGAGAGUGUGUGCUGCUACAAUGUGAGAGCUUUGUUCGAUGAGCUUCCCACUCCUCACCUGGUUCUGGAGAUUACGCCUUUCCCCGCUGGACAUCUUACUGAUAAUGACUACCGCAAGGCUGAGAGGCUCGAGAUGGUGCUGAGGCUGAGCGCUUCCAUUUAAAAACUAGGGACUGAUUUUCCAUUUCCCCUAAUACUUUCUUUGCCCAAGUUGUAAAUUGUUUACCAGUGGGCCUGUAAAUUGAUGCUGUUGGCUAAGAACUAAGAACUACUUGUAAAACCUGAGUUCUGCUCAGAUUUUUCUAUUAAUUUGAGCUCAAGAACACAUUCUAUACUU